AUGGGUGGUUCCCUCGCCGGACUCCCGGCUCCGGUAGUGGUGGUGGUGGUGGUGGUGCUGCUGCUGCUGCUGCCGCCGCCGCUGUGUUCGUCGUCGCGGUCUCUCUCGGCCUCCGAGUUCAGCAGGGCUGAUUUCCCUCCAGAUUUCGUCUUCGGGGCAGGAACCUCCGCUUAUCAGGUGAGGAGGGGAGCCACGGAGGAGCUAAAGCCCCGCCCCGUUGGUGUGAUCUUUCCUUAUUUGAAGCAAUCUUUCUUGCUGCUGGCGAAUGAAUUGACAUCCUGUGUUGAUGAUGGGGGGGGGAACCAGGUAGAAGGGGCGGUGAAUGAGGAUGGGAAGGGCCCUAGCAUCUGGGACACCUUCACACACGCAGGUCACUCUUCUUCCCUGCAUCGUCUUCGUCUUUUUCCUCGUCUUCUUUGUCACCUUUUUCUUUCGCCCUUCCACACCUUCUUCCUCUUUUCAUAUGGCUGAAGACGGAGAACUGCAGGUAAGGUGAUCGACGGGAGCACGGCGGACGUGACGGCCGACGGCUACCACCAUUACAAGGUAAGCCUUUUGCCAGCUUCUCUUUCUGUUGCUAUUCGUUUAAGUCGGAGAUCCUAUUUUCUUGGAAUAUCUGUGCCCUUCAAAAUCCGGGCCGGGAAAAAUCUACUCCUCUUACGGAGGCGUCUCUCUCUCUCUCUCUCUCGCUCUAUCUCUCGCAAUAACAACCCCUCGACUAUUCCGCUUCCUUGUGACCAGACCUCCACAGAUCGGAUUAUCUCGACUUAGAGCCGAUUUUCUCGACUGCAAUUGGGAGCGAACAGAAAAGGGCCUUUUUCGAGCAGUCUUGACCAAAAAGAACGACUCGAACAAGAAGUGCGCAUAUUUAAAAAUGAUGAAUGUUUUUCAGCAUUUAUGGGGUUUUUAAGAAAUUUUAUUCAUCGUGGUCACUUCAUAAUGUUACUCGUAAGUUAUAGGAGCCAAAUGGGUCGAUGAACUGCUUCUUUUUCAUGGGCAUGGAAAAGGAACUGGCGUUCUAUCCAAAAAGGCUCAGUCGCCUCUUAGCGGUAAAACGAUAAGGGUUCAAUAAAACCUAUCUACCCUGCUGUCUAGCGACUUUCUCCCUCUAUUUUUUCAGCUUUGUAUGCAGAUUUACGUCAUAAAAGUUUGUGGCAGAAUCUAUUAUCACACGACUCUCAUUCUUUUUUUUCAGGGAGAUGUAAAGCUGAUGAGUGAAAUAGGGUUGGAGGGCUAUCGAUUCUCCAUAUCUUGGUCGAGAUUGCUCCCUAGUAAGAAUCGCUCUUCAAUGCCUCGAACUAAAUGAAUCAUCGGAAGAGCAGGGAGACUCCUCGUCUUUCUUUCCCCCUUUUUUGUCUUCAUAAGUACAAUGUGGUUGUGCUUCUUUGUGUAGGUGGUAGAGGAGUCGUUAACACAAAAGGCGUUGAGUACUACAAUAAUCUCAUUAACGAACUAGUGAACCAUGGCAAGGAAUCCUUGACAAUUUAAAUUUCCCGCUCCUUGUCAUAUGGAGAAUAAUACCUGCAACGUUUCAUGGAAAUUUUCUCACAUCUCUUGUGUUCUUCGAUAUUUCUUCAAUAGGGAUCCAACCUCAUGUUACUAUAUAUCAUCUGGAUCUCCCCCAAGCACUCGAGGAUGAAUAUCAAGGGUGGCUCAGUCCAAAGAUUGUGUACUCACUAUAACCUUUGAUUGUUUGACUUCGUUUGUUUGAUUUUGCCUGUUAACACACUGAGUUGUCCCUGCAGGGACGAUUUCGUGGCAUAUGCAGACUUGUGUUUCAGGGAGUUUGGGGACAGGGUUUCCUAUUGGACCACAAUCAAUGAAGCAAACAUCUUGGCGAUCGGUGCUUAUGACAAUGGGGUACUUGCCCCAGGCAGGUGUUCUUACCCAUUUGGGAUUUUCAAUUGUACAGCCGGAAAUUCCACAGUGGAGCCGUACAUUGCCGAGCAUAAUGUCCUUUUGGCUCAUGCGGCAGCUGCUGAGUUGUACAGAACAAAAUACCAGGUGCAUGGCAGUGUAAAAUCUUUCGAAGAGUUUAUUUUUCUUUCUGCAUCUGAGGACUAGAGGAUAAUUCUGAGUGAUAAAUUUUUGUGUUCUCAAUAAACAGGCAAUUCAGAAAGGUUCGAUAGGGAUAAAUGUGUACACGUUUGGGUUUUAUUCCCGAACAAACACGACAGCUGAUCUGGAGGCAACUAGGAGAGCCAUUGACUUCUGGGUCGGCUGGUGAGUAAGCUGCUUCUGCUAGUGGAUUUGACUCUUUCCGGUACUCCAUUGACUUUGUCUACGGUAGGGUCUUGGAUCCACUCGUCUUUGGGGACUAUCCAAAGAGCAUGAAGAAGAUGGUUGGAUCAAAAAUUCCAUCCAUCACAGACAGCCAAUCGAAACAGCUAAAGGGCUCCAUUGACUUUAUCGCCAUAAAUUACUACGCUUCUCUGUACGUUUCAAAUGAUCCUGCUCCUAAAAGAGGCCUUGAGGAUUUCAAUGGCGAUGUGACCGCUCUCUUUUCAGGUCGUCCUUACAUUUCUUCUAGUAAAAUAAUGUUGCUAAAUAUGUGGCCUUUUGUUUAGAUAGUUUUGGGUUUGAUGGUUUAAUUACAUUGCUGCAUAUCGUUAUUGAUACCUUCUUAUAAUUAUGAUGGUCCAAUGCAGUUUCGAAGGAUGAAACACCUACUGGAUCGGUAAAGACCAUAUUUGGUUUCCUUUAUUUAAUCAUUUAUCUCUUGGUGAACUAACUUGUGUGAUGCCUCUACAAUAAUAGUUCAUUCCGUCUGUCAUUCCUAUUGAUCCAAUUGGCUUGGAGAGUUGUCUUCUAUACUUGAAGGAUACAUACGGCAAUCUUCCCGUCUACAUCCAUGAAAAUGGUUAGGCUCAUCUUUUACGAAUUUUACUUUCUAUCUGCAGCUAAAAAGUGAAUUGAUGGAAUUGUUCUUGUAUUAUCUGGAUCAGGUAUUCCAACUGGAUACAAUGUCACAUUGGAUGACACGGUUAGAAUAAAUGCAACAAAGAGUUAUAUAGGAGGAAUAUUAUCUGCAAUCAGGUGAUUUUCACCCCUUUCAAUUUAUUCGAAACUUAAACUUGCGUUACCUUACUGACAUUAUGACUGCCUUAAAUCAAAAUUUUGAUCUCUUUUAGGCGUGGUGCAAAUACAAGAGGAUACUUCAUUUGGUCACUCUUGGAUGUCUUUGAGUUGUUGACUGGGUAUCAAACGCGAUUUGGGCUCUACUUUGUUGACUUCGAGGACAAGAAUCGAACGCGAAAACCCAAACUCUCUGCACUUUGGUACAGGGACUUUCUCAUGAAGACAAAUGAGUUGAAGGCUAUAUGA